AUGGCGCGUGAGCGUGUGCGCGUGCUGUGCGCGCUGGCACUGGCAUGUUGGCUCGCCGUCCUUCUCGCGCCCGCCGCGAUAGUGAACGCGGCUGUGCCACUCGAAGCCACGCAAGUGCAAUUCCUGCAAGAGUGCCAGGCGGCAUGGGGGCAGAGCAUCCCCGGGUGGAGUGGCGCGAGUCCCGACUGCAGCAAUGCCACGGGCCUCACAUGCGACCCCUCCGGCAUGAUCGUGGACCUGCAACUUCGCAACUACAAGCUGGGAGGGCAGAUUCCAAACUCCCUCAGCAGCCUCAGGAAGGUCACUCGUCUUGACCUGGCAAGCAACCAACUGCCUGGCAGCAUCCCUGCCACAGUGACUGCGCUGAGCCUGCUCAAAUAUCUGUUUCUCUUUAACAACACGCUCACUGGCUCUAUCCCGGCAGACAUUGGGUGGCUGACCAGCAUGAUCUCCAUCAAUCUCUACUCCAACAUGCUUUCGGGCUCCGUGCCCUCCUCAAUCACAAAGCUCACUACGCUCUCGAGUUU